UUGCUUCCUUGCGUUUUUGCUCGAUUCCCUCUCUUCUUCAUCCUUUCUUUCCACAGUUUUCGCUUCUUCCCUCUCUCUCUUCUUUCUCUCUUCUCCGUUCACCGCUUUCUCCCCAUGUUCUUUUCCAUUCGAACUGGAGGCGCAGCAAGCAACGAAGGUCCCUUCCACCAUCGAACCACCCCCCUUCUUUCCUUUUCCAGCUUACCUGUUUAGGAAAUACAAUACCAUUAAGUCUUGUUUCCCCAUCUUUCGGAUCCCUGCUCUUACUGUCACCCGUACCACUUCCAACGCGAAAGAGAGGAGUUGCAGAGCUAACUCCUGCUUGGAACGAACACUCCUGUGCAGCAUCGGUGCCUGAUUACGCCAGACAAUCCGGGACUCUGUGAGAUCCUGAAGUUGACCAAUCUUAUUCCUAUCGAAGUUCGGCCAACCUUUGCAGUAUCCGGCGACGUCCUGGGAACCUGCGCAAUCAGGAGUGGAUGCAUAGUGGAUUGAAGAAACACUAAAGCAUGAUUAACAAGGUUGCAUUUCUUACAGGAGAGGCAGUGCCUGUUGGCAUCAAAUAUUCUCAAGUGGAACCAUGACUGGAAGGAGGGUGAGGCUCACCCAAAAGAAGAAGCUGGGAGAGCCAUUCUGUGCUUGUUCAAGCUCCUUACUCUGCAACCACUCUAAAUCCGCUCUAAUUAAGAGGAAGCAAGCUCAAUUGUUUUGGAAUCAAGAGCCCAAGAAGAUUUUUCUGUUGGCGACCUUCAAUAGACUCCUCGUCUUCCCCCAGAUCAACCACGGGAGAAGUUGGAGCUUAAAUAUUCGAAGCUUAGUUAAUGUGGCUGUUGCUGAGAUCCAUCCCACUUGGGCGGAAGAAGAGAAUGCUCAAGAUCAGCCCUUUUUUCUUUCGAAGGGGGUUAGACAGUUUCUCGACAGUGUCGAUAGGGUUAGGAUUGGGGUUUCUAGUGCAUCAUCAGUAGGAACAAAUGAUGAUGAAAGCGUGGAGACUUGUAAAUCCCAUGCACCACUAAACCGCAGAGAAAAAGAUUUUGGUACUAGAGUUAUUGAGGUUGUUUGGAAGACCUCAAAAGUUGGCCAUGCUCGAAAUGCAAUCCUUGCCAAGCCAAAAAUUGGUGCUAGACCUGUUCCUUCCCACCCAGCUGAAUAUAACAGGUUGAUGAAGGUCUUCAGUCGGGCCGGUAAUGUCGAUGAAGUUCUUCGACUCUUGCGUGAUAUGAAAGAAGCACAAUGCCAUUCCAAUGUUCUAUGCUAUAACACUGUUCUCAAUUGCCUUGCAGUGGCCAAUCGCUUUGAUGACAUUGAUGCUGUGUUGGCGGAGAUGGACUAUGGUGGUAUAGUUCCAAAUGUAUCCACGUUCAACAUCUUGGUAAAAGCAUACUCUUGCCAUUCUUUUCAGUUUAAGGUGGCUUUUGAGGUCUUAAAGAAGAUGUCUGAACAUGGGUGUAGUCCAGAUGUGAUUACUUACUCGACAUUGAUAACUGGUCUUUCUAGGGCUGGAAGACAUCAGGAUGCCUAUGCUGUGUUAGAUAGGAUGCUUGCCAACAAUGUGCUUCCUAAUGUUUAUACUUAUACUCCUCUUUUGCAAGGUCUAUGCAAGAAAGGAGAAAUUCAAAAUGCUAAAGAUUUGAUUGAGACCAUGUGGAAUAAUGGUUGCCCUCCAAAUACUGAAACUUACAAUAUCUUGAUUGAUGCGCUUUGCAAGUUUGGGAAUUUUGGUGAGGUUGAGUCAAUCUUUGAGGAAAACAAAUCGAAGGGGUGGAAGCCAAAUGCUGUCAGUUAUAAUAUUUAUUUGAAUGGUCUUUGUAAAGUAGGUAGAGUCGAGGAAGCUUUUAGAAAAUUAGAAAGCAUGGUGCAUGAUGGAUUAUAUCUCACCACUCAGACUCUUAAUAUCAUUCUUGAUUGCCUCUGCUAUAAUUUAAAGGUUUGUGAGGCAAAGAAUCUCUUAGACUUGUGCCAUGACUUGGGAUGGGAUGUGAGUUCUGUAAAUUAUAAUACUGUGAUGACUGGUUUCUAUAAAGUUGGUCAAUGGUUAAGCAUUUUUCCACUCUUGACUAACAUGUUAAAUAAGGGGGUUUCGCCUAACACUAGGACAUAUAACAUUGUGAUUCGCAGUCUCUGCAAAGUUGGAAAAUUGAGGAGAGCAAAACAUAUGGUUGAGAGCAAAUCACAUGGGCUUUACAGUGCAAGAAACAUAGUUGAAGCUGAAUACUUACUUUCUAGAAUGACAACUAAAGACAAGAUUGAUACUGCUAUGUCAGCUAACAGCAUCUGGAUUGGGAUGCUCUGUAGAAAAGGACAAUAUGAAAUGACAAGAUAUCAUUUUGACAAGUGUCUCAAGAAGGGUUUCCAACCUGAUGUGGUUUCAUACUCUAUUCUAAUUGAUGGAUAUAUGAAAAAUGGUCAGAUAGGAGAAGGAUUGCAGUUGCUGGACAGAAUGCUAGAUCAGGGUGUGGUUCCAAAUAUUGCAGUGUAUGAUUCAAUAAUCAGGGCAUUCUGUAGCCGAGGUUUCUGCCAUAGCAGCAAGAUAUUGCAUAUUCUGACAACGAUUGAUAAAAUGCUUCAGAAGAGUUAAGCUGAUUAUCAUAGGCCUGGAAAGAAUGUUUCUUUGCAUUUGGAGGUCCGAGCUCAUGACAGGAAUUUAAUCUUAUGCUCAAUAGUAUUACUUAUGUGGCAUGAUAAGUGGUUUUAUAUACAUGCAUCCUUACCAUGGUAAGUCUGUUCUCACAUAUUAAUUCUAUCCACAGUUUCAAUGUGUUAAAUAGGCAUUUGUAAAGUGGUUUCUAUUUUUACCCUUUGUGUAGUUGCAUUUGAGAUGGACCUUCCAACUUCUGAUUGACAAAUUUUACAUCUGGCUUCUUAAUUUACAAAGAUGACAUGCAUUGGUAACCAUUGAAACUAUAGCCAUUUUAUUUUAUAGUUGCCUAGCUUCCCAUAGGCCGACAUUUUAUCAAAAUAACUAGGCAUUAUGUGAGUUAGGAGUUGGGCUAAGAGAUGCGAGUUAGCAAGAUCAGCUAGAUACCUAAAAAUAAAAGUUUUUCUUUACAAGUAUUUCCUUACAUAUGAAAUAUAAGAUAAAUAGCAUGUUCAAUAAGAGGAAAUAUGUGCAACAUUCAUUUAAUUGGUAAUAUGAUGAUGCUUCAUUUUUUGAUCAUAUGGUGAUGCUCAAGCUAACUCAACUUUCAAGGUAUAUUGUUCAAAAAAGAAAAAAAAAAUUAAUAUGGACAUACAUUAAUUUGGAUUGGUUCAAUAUCCAUUUUAUUAUUGCAAAAGCAAAUGGUUUGGAUUUCCAUAAUUUGGAUUUUGAUUGGAAUUAUUGGUUCCUAUCAGAUUAGAUCAGAUCCAAUCCAUUGACUGCCCUAAAUGUCAUCAAAUUAAGCUUCAUUCUAUUGUAAGAAGUUAAUUGCUUACCUAAAUCUCAUAAAGUUAUUUAGCUCCAAAUAUAAAAAAUUUACUGCUUUGGCCCUCCUUUUCCUUAUAAGAAGAUUUGGUGGUCUCACAUUCCUCCUAGACUCAAUUUUUUUUGGAAGCUAGGCUUAGAAAAAUAAAUACAUGUGGUUUGGUGCAAAAGAAGAAUUGAUGCAGGUUAUACGUCUCUCCUCGUGCUUGUACUUUGUGCCUUGGGGAUGGGGAAUUGGCAGAGCACAUCCUUCUUCACUGACUGGAAAUCAGGGAACUUAGCACCAUUUCCUCAACCUUGUUGGUUAUAGUUGGACCAUGUUUGAGCAUAUUAUAGAUCUUAUUUGGCAAUGACAAAGUAAAGACUUGGAAAGAGGGGAUGUGCCACAGUUUCUCAUGCUGUUGUGUGUGAUGUCUGGGUGGAAAGGAACAAUCACAUGUUUGAGAACAAGAUAUGCAGAGAAAGUUGGUGGACAUUUUAUUUUAUUCCCCUAUGAGUUCUAUUCCCUGGGAGUCUUCACUUUCAUUUGCAGAAGCUCCGACGCCGAAUGGAACGCAAAGUAGCUUUCCGGUGACCUUGAAGCCUCGGCUGCAUCAACUUAUGAGUUGCAGAGAAAACUUGUUCAAGCUGCUCUCGCGAGCAACUCUUUUCUGGCGGGGUUCAGUCUUCCUUCUCCUUGAUCACUCCAUCCUCUACUGUCUUUCAGGUGAUUAUUGGUGGCGGAGGUGGUGGUGCUUUCAUUGGAGGUGGAGCUGCUGCUGGAGGUUCUGGAGGCGGUGCUACAGCUGCUGAGGCACCUCCAUCCGAGGAGAAGAAGGAAGAGGAAGAGAGUGAUGACGACAUGGGAUUCUCGCUCUUCCAUUAGUCUGUCUUUCUACACAAUACCCUAAAUUGUUAGCAAGUUGUUUUACUUUUACCUGAUUUUAUAUCCGCCUGAAUUUACUCGAGAAUUUGUAUAAUAUAUUGGUAUUGCAGUUUUGAGGUAUGAAU